AGAAAACCUUCAUUCAGUUCUAAAGAAUUCAGAUUUGAGCCCAAUCUCAACACUUCAUUUGCUCUGGGUAAAAGCAAAAAAAAAAAAGAGGCGGACAUGCAACCUUAAACGUUUCCUCUUCUGCGUGAACCAAUCUCCUCGCUUUAAUCUUUCAAAUUUUCAGUACAUUAGAGGGAUCCUUGACGAAAGGAAUCGAGGAGGAGUUGAAAAAAACCAUGGGCGACGACUGGGACGACGAGGAGAAACCGCCGCCACGGCCGCCACUAUGGAUGCCACGGCAACCCCGACUCCCGGUCUCCAUGUGCCUCCAGGAAACCACGACAAAGAAGUUUGAUCGGCAACCUUACACCGACACUUGCGUUCGAGAGAACCAUGCCAUUCGGUUGCACACGGAUGACGCCGAAGAGGAGGGCCGUGAAGAAGGAGGCGGCUCCAAGAAGAAAAGCAGCGCCCGAGGCCCCCUCAUGGUCGGCGACACCCUGUUCAAGCGCUGGAACGUGCCGGUGACCAUGAAAACGGCGCCGGAAAAGGAAGACGAACGCGACGUGUGGAUGCUGAAGCAGAUGCACUACCAAAUGAACUAUGCCGACACGUAUCUCGAGUUGUCGGGCAGCAAGGUCUUUGCCGUCGACUACUACGAUCGUGGCAUCAGUCUCACCUGCAUCCUCACCUAUUGCAUUUGUUGCGGGAUCCUCAUCCAGAAGGUGGAGGAGUACCGCAAUAAGUAUCUCGUUAACCUGGGGGACGCCUACUGCUGGGUCUUCAACUUUCUCUGGUGGAAUGCUCUGCAGGUCACCAACUACAUGCUCAUUGCCCACUGUUUCGGAAUACUCCAAUUCCUCAUAAUCCCAGUGAUUAGACGGAUAUACUACAUCAUGUUCAGCAUGGCGUUCACAGCCAUGUUGUGCUGCUAUCUCCAGAAACAAGGCUGCUGGGCCAUGUGCCCGUUCCUAAUGUGGGCCGCCUUCAUUAUCACGACCAUGACAGCAGGGCGGCCGCCAAUCUCCAACAGGAUGGGGGAUCCGCUCGCCGAUGUCCUCUUGUUCGUUGUCUUCUUGCUGCUGGCCCUUCAAGCCAUUUGUGCAAAAGAUGAGGAGAUGGAAAAGUGCGUGCUGAUGUUGCUGCUGGGAUUCGCAUACGCGGCACCAAUCGGCUACUGGGGCUGGUUCAACUGGCGAAUCGUCAUCUACACGGUGUCCCUGUACAACGCGAUGCCCAUAAUCGAGACGACCCUGUCCAACAAACUCGGCGGCCACACGCCCAAGACAUUUGCCAAGUUCAUCAAGGAGGACUGGCGCAAGGCCCUGCCGUACUUCCUGGCCCUGCCCGUGUCCUGGGGUUGCCCACUCAAGGACUGCGAACGGGGCCUGUUUGACCUGUUUGCCGGUGGCCCCCUGGGUCGCUGGUACGCCGACGACGACGAUGACAAAGAGCCCAGGUCCUUUUUCAGCUUCGGCUCGCUCGGGGACUGGGGCAUCGAACUGCCACCCAAGUUUGACGACGGGCUCUUUUGGUUCUUCAUCAUUGCCAUGGUGUUGUUUGACUUGUACAGUCUGCACGUCAUGGAGACGGUUAAAGAGGCGGAGGUUGCGCCGCCAGGGCCAUGCACGCCCUACGACUUGACGCUCAGCAAGAACAAUGAAUUCUUAAGUGGCGUCGUUAGGAUUUCUUAUGGGCGGACCUCGUCUCCUUCGAGAUAUUGUAACUUCGGCUCGCUCGGGGACUGGGGCAUCGAACUGCCACCCAAGUUUGACGACGGGCUCUUUUGGUUCUUCAUCAUUGCCAUGGUGUUGUUUGACUUGUAUAGUCUGCACGUCAUGGAGACGGUUAAAGAGGCGGAGGUUGCGCCGCCUGGGCCAUGCACGCCCUACGACUUGACGCUCAGCAAGAACAAUGAAUUCUUGUGCUAACAACUCUCACACCUGUCACAUCUUUCUCCUUUUUUUUCUUUCUUCACAUAUCUUCCUGUUUGUCCCAUUGCAUUAUUCCACUUUCUUUUCACCAUUAUUCACGCAUUUGUUAUUAAACAUUAAAGAAUCCUCGUUUCCUGAUUUCGUGUUCACCCCAGCAAGGUGGCGAGGGAUUUUUUUUGUGAGAAGUCUUCGGACUUGCCUGGAAGUGAUUCGGAAC